GGUCACUAAAUUUUUUUGCAAAAAUCACCGCGGAUUCGGUAAACAUUUUGCAAAUAGCACUGAUCAGGUGAUUUGGCUCAUUUGAUCACUUUCUGACAAGUGGGACCAGAUUGUAAGGAGCUGACUUGGCAUAACAUUUACAUACACACCCUUAGAUCUAAAAAGAAAAAGCAAUCAACACCUCUUUUGCACAACUGCCAGAGAGAGGAGAGGAGUAGGCGCUCCCCGAUGAGGCCGACCUCGUCGGCGCAGAGGGCCGCGCAGUGGAGGAGGUCUCUGCGGAGAGCUCCUCGACGGUUCCGGCCGGGUCGGGCCCGUGCGCCGCCGCGCGGUUGGAGCCGGGCGGUUGCUCGGCCAUGGCCUCGCGCUCAUGCGCUGCUGUCCACGCCAUGCACAGGCAGCGGAGGAGCUCACAGUCGUUGGUCACUGCUUGCUCCGGUGAUGCGUCCGUGCUGCACGCCGCCGCGCCGCUGCUGCUGCUUGUGCUCCGUUGCUUGCUCUGGUGUUCUGCGCUGCCACCGCUGCUUGCUCCGGGGCUGCGCGCCGCCGGCUGGGGAAAGAGAGAGGAGGGAGGAAGGAGAAAGGGAGGCGUGGGUGCAUCGCCGUGCGACUUGGGGCCGCCGUGCUUGCUACCCAGGAGAGCAGCGGGGCCGGGGUCGUAGCAGCUUGGGGCGGGCCCGCGCGGGGCAGGGGCCGGGUCGUAGCCGCUUGGCGUCGGUCGGCGCGAGGGGUGGGGCCGCGGUCGUAGCGGCUUGGGGCCGGCCAGCACGGUGGCGGGGUCGCGUGGCGCUGCGGCGAGGUCGCCGGAGUGGCGCGGGGGUUGGGCAGCUCGGGGCCUCUGCCGAUCCAGACGGGAUCGAGGCAGGGGGGAGGAGGGUCUGAUUGCUUUUUCAUUUUACAAUUCAGGGGUGUGUCUGUCAAAACUUUGCCAAGUCAGCUCCUUACAAUCUGGUCCCACUUGUCAGAAAGUGAUAAAAUGAGCCAAAUCACCUGAUCAGUGCUAUUUGCAAAAUGUUUACCGAAUCCGCGGUGAUUUUUGCAAAAAAAAUUAGUGACCUGGUGGUUUUCCGCAAACGAUGCCCCAAAUAUGGUGGUUUUCACCCGCUUGCUUGGAUUGUCCACUGGCUGGCUUUUGAGAUGGCUUGCAUUCCCUGCUCUCUCUCCAAGACAUUAAACUAUUUUGACCAUCUCAUAUCCUGAAGGUCACAAAAGUGUGAGUACAUAAUAAACUGCGAUUUCCACAAUACUUGCUAUUGCAGGUGCUUGGCUGCUGGAAUGAUCGAAAAGAGACGGACAAGAAUUUGCGCUGGUAAUAUAGCUGUUCCUUUGGAUUGAUGGAUGCUCUGUCAAAUUAAUUUCCUGUUAGGUCUCUUUGCGUGUAUAGCUUAGUUUUUUUUUGUUUUUUUGGAGGGAAAGCUUAGUUUGUUGCUAGUGUGUUAGCUACUGUAAUGCUAACAGUGGGUGUUUCCCAAACUCUUGUAAGUUCCCAUUGCUACUGCUCCUCGUUCUCAAAAUAAAUCUACUCUAUGUGCAUGUGUCAUUUCCAAACCGUCAUUUCUCAAAAUGCUAUUCUAAAAGUGUUGCUAUUCAUGUCAUUUCCAGACCGUCAGAAUUUCUAAAUCUCCUCCUAUAGAAUACCUUGAUAAAAACAAGGAAAAAGAGACACGGUAAGGAACGUCCAAUGGUUAUAUGGGUGUUGCACAUGGUAGGCUGUUGAAGUCAUUGCUAUUUGUCAUUGUGUGCAUGCCACGGUACGAACUGCCAGUACCUUCGAAGCGCCAAAGCACCUUUAAUGCAUCGGGUCCAUGAAAUGUUGGAUGUGCACGAUACAGGUACAGUGCUUUCAAUAAUGCAGCAUGUGGGGAAAUAAUUGAGCUUGAGCCACGGGAAGACUGGCAUUGACUUGACCUGCAGAUACUGAUGCAAGCCCACAAGAAGUAGGUCACUGCAGGUCCAGAUCAGGCCAGGUCUACAUCGAUCACAGAUCUUGAAGCAAGCGCACAAGGAGGAUCUCUCACCAAAUCCUUCCGGAUCUACAUCGACUUCAAGCCAGGUAUGUGGUGGUUCUCUGGUUUUGACGGGUAAAAGAAACAAGGAGAACUUGAAGAUCAAAUCCAGCUACUUGUCAUCGGUUACAUGAGGAUUCAGGAUCUCAAUGAUUAAUCUUCAAUGACAACAAGACCGUGAAGUCUCUUAUUUUUGGAGAAGACUCUGCUGGUGCUUUCAGAUUCAGAACUGCACAAGGAGGUUACCAAGAUAAAUCAGAUCUAAGCUAUUACAAGGCUGCAGCAACAUAAUCACAAUAAAGAUUUCUUGUGGAAGAGGGAUGAUCUUCUUAAUUUGUGAUGGCACCAAUGUCUGGCAAGCUGGCAUGUAUGUAUGUUCAGUGGUCAGUUUGAUAAUAUCAAGGAGAAUAUACAACUAGGCCACCACCCAGUGAGGCAUUAAUAGUUCUCAAAAUAAUGGCAGAGAUUGUGAUUCUUCUAGCUAUUAAAAAGAUCGGAAUUGCCUUGGCAAAGGGAGCGGCAGACCAGGUCAGCGUGCAGUUUGCAAAGUAUGGCACGCAGCUACUAGAGCUACAGGCCAGCAUGGGCCGUAUUGCCAGAGAGCUUCGCGUAAUGCAUGAUGUACUCUGUCAAAUGGACAUUCGAAACUGCAACAAUCAAGUAUACGAGGGUUGGUUGGAGGAGGUACAAAAGGUAGCACAUGUGAUGGAGGACAUGGUGGAUGAGUACUUGUAUCUAGUUGGUCAGGAACAUGAUAUCAGUUUUUUCUUUUUCCUGAAGAAAGAUUUCAAGAAGCCAAGAUCUCUGCUUUCUUUGAAGAAGAUAGCUUCCAAGGUGAAGGAAAUAGAGAAAGACCUUUUACAUCUAUCUGAGACAAAAAACCGUUGGGUUCCCAUGAUAAAUAAUGGAGAUAGUAGCAACUCAAAUUACAUUAUCAAGAGAUCCCAAGAUCUAGUAAACAUUUCACGCUCCCUUGAUGAUGAAGAUCUGGUGGGGAUGGAUAAAAAUAGAGAAAAACUCGAGGAGUGGUUAGCAGGUGAUGACCCGGAACGCUCUGUGAUAUCUGUGCUCGGAAUGGGAGGUCUUGGUAAAACUGCUUUAGCUGCAAAUAUAUACAAGAAGAAGAGGGAUAAAUUCCAGUGCCACGCCUGGGUCUCCAUCUCUCAAACUUAUUCUGCGGAAGAUGUCUUGAGGAAGAUAAUCAAGGAACUUUUUAAAGAUAAUGUCAGUGUUCUAUCUAGCACUAUGGCUAUGGACAUCAUGAGCCUUGCAGAGACACUGAAGAAAUAUCUGGAGCAAAGGAAGUAUUUGAUCAUACUGGAUGAUGUUUGGACUCCAGAAGCAUUUGAUGAUUUGUUUAGGACAAUUCCUCAUAAUGAUAAGGGCAGUAGGCUGAUAAUCACAACACGGGAAGGCGAUGUUGCUGCACUUGCCUCUCAAGGACAUAUGUUAACACUUGAAGCUUUACCAGAAGACAAGGCAUGGGACCUCUUUUGUAAGAAAGCCUUUCCAAGAGAUACAAAUCAUGAAUGUCCUAUUGAGUUGAUGCCAUUGUCCAAGGAAAUAGCUAGCAAGUGCAAAGGCUUGCCUCUUGCUAUUGCCUCUGUUGGUAGCCUCUUGCGCGUGCAUGAGAAAACCGUGGAAGAAUGGAAAAGAAUAAAUGACCAACUGAGCUGGGAGAUAAUUAAUAAUUCAAGAUUCGACCACAUAAGGAAUGUUUUGCAUCUAAGCUUCAUAUACCUUCCAACACACUUGAAAAGUUGUUUCUUGUACUGCAGUCUAUUUCCAGAAGACUACCAUUUCAGAAGGAAACAACUUUUACGGUUAUGGAUAGCAGAGGGGUUCAUCGAGGAGAGGGGGGAAAGCACAUUAGAAGAAGUGGCAGAAGGCUAUCUGAAGGAGUUGAUUGACAGAAACAUGCUACAACUAGUUGAGAGGAACACAUUUGGUAGGACGAAGGAAUUCAGAAUGCACGAUAUCUUACGUGAAUUAGCAGUGGACUUGUGCCGGAAGAACUGUUUUGGUGUUACGUAUGAGGAUAAAUGUGGGGGGCAUCUUCAGAAGAUUGGGCGUCGAUUGGUACUACACAAACUAAAGAAGGAUAUUCAGCAACCAUUUUCCAACAUGCACCAGCUUCGAACUGUCAUCACACUGGAGGAUAACAUGGGGUCAUUCACUCUACUACCUCUGCUAUGUAAGGAGUCAAGAUGUAUGACGGUGCUAGAAUUAAAUGGUCUACCCAUGGAUAAGAUUCCUGAUGCUAUUGGAGAUCUUUUUAAUGUCCGCCAUUUGGGUUUGCGUGAUUCAAAGGUGAAGAUGCUCCCGGAGUCUAUUGAGAAGCUUUCAAAUUUGUUGACACUGGACCUUUGUAGAUCUGACAUACAUGAGUUGCCAGGUGGGAUUAUGAAACUGAAGAAGCUCAGGCACUUAUUUGCUGAGAGAGUAAUUGAUCCAAACUGGAGAGAGUUCAGAUGUCGCAGUGGUAUGUGUAUCCCUAGUGGGCUUGGAAAUCUAACAAACUUGCAGACACUACAAGCAUUGGAAGUACAGGAUGAGUCUCUUAGACAUUUAGGGGAGCUGAGACAACUGAGAAGCUUGAGAUUAUGGAAUGUGAAAGGAAUCUACUGUGGACGCAUCAGUGAGUCUCUAGUUCAGCUGCAGUGUUUGUCCUACCUAGAUGUGAAUGCAAGUGAUAAGAACGAAGUUCUCUUGUUGAAUGUCUGCCUGCCAAACCUGCAAAAGCUAUAUUUGAAAGGACGACUAGCGGAAGGGGCGUUGGACGAGUCUCCUCUCUUCCAAUAUGUGGAGGGGCAGAACUUUUAUGAAUUGGAGCUAUAUUGGUCACAGCUGAGAGAAGACCCCCUGCCAUCUCUUUCUCGGUUGUCAAAUUUGACGCAGCUACGCUUCACCAGAGCAUACAGUGGAGAGCAGAUGACAUUUCUCACGGGUUGGUUUCCCAAGCUAAAGAUUCUUUUCCUAAGAGACCUGCUUAAUUUGAAUCGGCUGGAGAUACAGCAAGGUGCCUUGGUGAGCCUGGAGAAACUAUUUUUAGGCAACCUAAGCAGCAUGACAGAGGUCCCACCUGGCAUUGAGUUCCUCAUGCCCCUCCAGUAUCUAUGCUUCGAAGAAAUCACAAAGGACUUCUUUACUGUGCUGGACCAAUGUUCUGCUAUUCAAGGGAAUUGGUGGUAUAGUUUCCGAGAUUGACAUGCCACACUGGUCAGGAGACGUGCAAGUGACCAGCCGGAAGGAAACAUGAAGAUGCUUCAUUAUUUUGGUCUGCAUGCAGAUCAAUGGAAAAGAAGGAUUUGGUCCAAUGCAUGAGUUGUACAAUGCAUCUCGAUGCACAAUGAGUUUUCUCUGUUUUUUCAAGACGUAUCGCUACUGGGCUUGUCAAGUGUGAUACAGUUGUCUGUUGAUUUAUUCCGGCUGUGGCUUUUAAGUAGCACGUCAUGCACUUAUUGUAAGACUGCAAGUGAGCUGCUCUUCAUGCAGAUUGAUUUCCAGUUGUGUGCUUGUUCCGAACUAUGUACUAUUAUUGGGGCGUGUGUGUGCUUGUUGAUAAACUUGUAGAUGCAUUUUGCAUCUGUUCGGCUAUUUCAGUUGUGGCUACUAAAUGAGAACACUUGGUUUGUGGCUCACAAUGUUCAGAUAUUCAUUUUAUAGUCAUCAUGGUUACUGCCUUCAGGUUUUGUUCAUUA